CAACGCCCAUCAACGUCCGUCCGACGACAGCUUUCUCAGGCGACCGUGCCCGGCCCAUUGCCCGCCCGCUCUCGCACACGGCUCGAAUGAUGCGAUUGCAGCCCGAUUGACACAUUCGCAAUGUCGCUGCGGGCCGUCACGACGCUCGCCUUGUUGCGCCGGAGCGCCGGAGCUCCCCCCUCUCUCCCUCUCCGCUGCCUGGCCUGCUCCCGCUCAUGGCCACGGCCAUACUCGUCUCAGCCCGAGUCGACGCCGCCCAGGAGGAGCAGGACACUGGGCCAAAAUAAGCCGUCAUCGGUCGUCGUCCGCGGCAAGUCCUACAAGACGGACCCCGACUGGUUCAACGUGCCGCCCAACGUCCUCGACGCCACGUCGCGCAAGCUUCACCUCGAGCCCGACCACCCCGUCUACAUCACACGCCAGAUCAUCGAGUCGCACUUCCCACAGCCCACCUACAAGUACUACAACGACUACAGCCCCGUCGUCUCGACGCACCAAAACUUCGACUCGCUCGGCUUCCCUGCCAACCACCCCGGGCGGGCGCUGACGGACUCGUACUACAUCAGCGACACGACCCUCCUGCGCACGCACACGAGUGCCCACCAGGCCGACACGUUCCGCGCCAACGAGAGUGAUGGCUACCUCAUCUCGGCUGAUGUUUACCGUCGCGACGAGAUCGACCGCAGCCACUACCCCGUCUUCCACCAGAUGGAGGGGGCCAGGUCCUGGGACCGCCAAAAGGUGCCCGACGGGGAUAUAGCUGCGGCCGUGCGGCGCGACAUCGACGCACUGCCGAAGCACGACGUCGUCGUCGAGGACCCGAACCCGCCCUUUCACGCCGAGCGCAAUCCGCUGCAAGAGGGCCAUUCGGCGGCCGAAGCGACGGCCAUUGGCGAGCACCUAAAGCGCUCGCUCGAGAACAUGGUGGUGGAUGUGUUCUCGCGGGCCAAGGCGGCGGCGCUCAAGGACGACCCUACCUUUGUGGACGAGCCACUGCGGAUGCGGUGGGUCGAGGCCUACUUCCCCUUCACAAGCCCGUCGUGGGAGCUCGAGGUCUACUACGCAGGCGACUGGCUCGAGGUGCUGGGGUGCGGCGUGGUCAAGCAGGACCUGUACGUCAACGCGGGGGUGCCGUCGCAGCUGGGCUGGGCGUUUGGCAUCGGCAUCGACCGCAUCGCCAUGCUGCUCUUCAAGAUCCCAGACAUUCGGCUCUUCUGGUCGCGCGACGAGCGCUUCCUGUCGCAGUUUACGGGCGUCUCGGACCGGCUCGACACGCUGAGGCGGUUCGUGCCCUUUUCCAAGUACCCGCCGUGCCCCAAGGACGUUUCGUUUUGGCUGCGGGCGACGUCGGCGGCCGGGGGCAACACGCGGGGCACCUUUCACGAGAACGACGUCAUGGAGAUUGUGCGCAGCGUGGCGGGCGACGUGGUCGAGGACGUGCGCGUCAUUGACGAGUUCACGCACCCCAAGACGGGCCGCAGGAGCAUGGCGUACCGCAUCGUGUACCGCAGCCUCGAGCGGACGCUGACCAACGACGAGGCGAACCAGUUCCACGAGGCCGUCCGCCAGGCGCUGGUGCGGGAGCUCGGCGUCGAGCUGCGGUGAGAGGGGCCACGAAAGCCGGGCGGGAGGAAGACCACGAAGGGGGGCGCAGCCACCGCACCUGGCGAAAUGGGUGAAGCCAGGACUGUACAGUACGUUGUCACUCGAGGAUACUGGAGGGCACAAGCUGGUAGAGGUGUCUGUACGAGUACGAGACUGCAAGAUACCUGGGAGCUUAGGAUGGCGAGAGCACUGGAGGCGCAGCACGAACUCUGUAUCUAGACGUCAAGUGAGACGUGAUGCAACACCUCCUUCGCAGUGGAGGGCUGAGAUUACGUCGACCUCCUCUUGAACACUC